AUGUAUAGCCCAAUUGCAGUAACCGUUGGCUUAUUAGUGUUACUCAUAAAGCAAAUCGUAUUGAUAUUACUUCCCGAACAGAGUCCCGAGUUUUACGCAAUGGUUGGAGACGUCCCGUACUUUUCGGGCUUAAGACUACAAAACUCUGUGGCGAUGUUAUGCGGUCUGACUAUAGCCCUGUCCUCACAACUACUCACUUACUAUAACCAUCGGAAUGACAUAAAACCCACGUUUUUAACGGUACUGGUGUUCAUCGAAAGGUUGGGUCAGAAAAGGGUUGGCUUUUACUGUUGGCGAGUGUUUCUUAUCACCCGUUUCCGUGGUUACGAAGUAUAG